UUUCGUUAUGAGCUGGUUGUCACUUGAACACAUCGUUGGUUUCAUCCAUUGGUGGCGUGAGUAGAGAAGAUUGUAGCCAUUCAUUUCAUUUUCAUCUCCUUUCCCAGACUGAUAUAGUUCUCAGUAUUGCAAGAGACUUGUUAUGAAUGGUUUCUGUGAGAGCAGAACAACUUUUCAUUCUAAUAGAAACAGGAAAUUGACUUCCUUUCAUCAUUGCUGUCCUUUAUAUGGAAGCUCUCGUUACUAUACACGAAUCCUUAGGCGACUGACUAGAAACUGUCAACAAUAUCUUUCAUGGACUUGUCAUGGUGAAACCUUUGGAGAUCCAAACGCACGAAAAUAUCGAGUUACUGUUCGCAAUCAAAGGACAGGAGAGUGCUACAUUCGAGACGUACCAACAGAUAGAUAUAUCUGGUGGUCAUUUUUAGAACAAGGAAUUGAAUUACCUUCUUCUUGUGUUAAUGGCUGUUGUACUACUUGUGCCUGCAGAGUAGUUUCCGGAAGAAUAGAACAACCUUUGGCGUUAGGAUUAUUGAAAGAAAUGAAAAACAAAAGAUAUGCUUUGCUGUGUGUUUCCUAUCCAAAGUCUGAUGUCGAAGUGGUACUGCAAGAAGAAGAUGAAGUAUACUGUCGACAGUUUGGAGAUUCUUUUGAAUCAGGAGGUGUCGAAUAUGGAGGUAUCAUACCUGAAGAUGAUUGAGUUUCCAACCUAGUAAACUGAGUUGUCCAAACGAUAUAUAUUUCCUGUUCUACAAGAUGACGGGCCACAUCUCGUUUUGCUUUCAUCGACAGUUUUCAUAGAAAGCAAAGAAUAUAUUCUAAUCAUACAAGGAAUGUCUUAACUUUCACCGUUAUCCAAGCGCACUCAAUUAUGUUA